CCAGAGUAUGUCUAUAUCUUUGGGUUAAUGCGUAGGAAAUACCUCUAUACCACAAAAAGGAAACCAUUUGGAAUUUUCAGCACAAGCCAAAAGAAAAAGAAAAAACACACAAGACUUCAGAAUGUAUCCUUGUUGUUUUGGUAAUUUGAUUUGAUUUUGGAAGAAAAAAGCGAAGAAUCAACACCCAAAGAAAAAUUAAUAACUACCGCUUUCAGCCUAUCAAAAUUACUUCCAAAACCUCCAAAGCGGUUGUGCCUCACCAAGUGUUUGUGAUGAAGUAUGUGAAGCCAGUUAAUUUGUUCCAUGAUUUGCUGAAAAUGAAAGCCACUGAACGAGGGCGUUUGCUGGGUUUGGAUGUUGGUGAUAAGUACGUGGGGUUAGCUGUUUCUGAUCUUCAUAACAAGAUUGCAUCGCCCCUAAGUGUUCUGCUUAGGAAGAAAUCAAACAUUGAUUUGAUGGCCACUGAUUUUCAAAGUUUGAUUUCAGACCUUUCUCUGGCAGGCUUCAUUGUGGGCUACCCUUUUAAUAGACAGCGGAGCUCUCCAACUGCUGUGAACGUGAAAGUUUUCAUCGAUGAUCUCUGUAAAACAGGAAAACUUGAAGGUGUAAGUUUGGAAAUUAACGCUAUAAACUGUCAGAAGCCUCAUUUUGACCAAAAUGUGGAAUUACUCUUAAAGCCUUUAAAUUUGCAUCCAGUGCAGUCGAAGACUAUUCUUGACAAAUUUGCUGCUGUUGGGAUACUCCAGGGUUACUUGGACCAUGUGAACAGGAUUCUAAAGUCAAAUCCAAAGUGAUGAAUAUAUCUAGUUUGUUUUGCAUGAACAGGGUAGGGAAAUAUUGUAAACUAUUGUAUUUUCAAUUCCAAAGCCCCUUUAUUUCAUCUACUAUGUCUUCUCUAUCACUCAAAAACAGAGGAGUUACCUACAAUGUCAUCUUAUGCUGUGAUGAAUGGAAAAUAGCCAGCAUUAACUAGACAACUGGAUUGUGAUUUGGGAAUUUACAUGACUAUUCAGAUA